CAACAAACGAUUUAGUAACAAAAUCUCUUCUCAAAUUAUUCUCCCUUUAUACAUGUGAAGUCAAAUAUCUAGUUACCCGUCAUGACAAUACCCACAUGUUUGACAUAUCGGAGUAUAUAAUAAUACUCGUAGUCGGUAAUAAAUAAUAGAAAACCCAUUAAAAUACUAAAUGACUAAUACAGUGACAUUUAUAAAAUAUUAGUACGCAACAUAAAUGAUUGACGAAUAAUACUACGUAAUAACAUUAUAACAUUCAUUCCUAAGUUAUUAACAAAAUAGUGCAUAUAAUGUGUCAAUAGAAACACUUAAAUCAAUAAGGUAGCUGGGAUAGUGGUAGAACACCCAAUUGCAGAAACAAAAUUUGAAGAAAUUAAGCUCAGAAAUCAGAAUCUUCAGUCGUCUCAUGCUACCUCUUCCGGGUUUGAAUGUCGCACUCCCGUCUGUCUCAGAAGUCGGGGGUUUGGGGUUCUAGGCGACUAUGUCUCAGUUUUCAAGCUUGUCGCUAAAUCAUUACCUCAAAUCCAGAAGCGGUUCAUGGUAGCCAUCAUGAGGUCCAGUGGCUUGGAUUGCCAUCCGAUUCCAGAUGAAAUCAACGAUAUCCACUUAAGUUGCCAAAGACAUAAAUAUAUGGAGUAGUUGGCUAUCAGUAUGAAAACCGAACAGUGAAUUCCGACCCUUCCUCAUGACAGUGGCAAAAUAUAACAGAGCUCUAGAUUCAGUUAUGUUGUGGUAUGUUUCUUGUUGUUCUCCGAUGGGUGACCAGCUCUGUUUGAGGUUCAGAGAAUUCUCACUCCUGGCUUACACAAGGGCGUAGAUGGAAGUCGUCAAAUCGACUUGCCACCUUGCAGGUUGUUUUAUGGCUAGGGACAUCGGAUUUGAGAACUCUGUUGAGCCGGAAAAGCACCAGCUCGUAGCUCUGAGGGUGGGCGCAAACAAAUCCAUCUUCUACAACUGCAAGAUGGACGGCUACCAAGACUCGCUCUAUGCCCAUACCUACCACAAGUUUUACCGGAAUUGCGAAAUCUCCGGCACGAUUGAUGUCAUCUUUGGUGAUAGCACCGCCGUGGUUCAGAACUGCACCAUUGUGGUCUGGAAACCGUUUCAAAGGCAAUAAGUGGAUUAUGUUGUUCUAGGCGAAGAGAUUUGACAUUUGGGGAAAUGGGAAGCCAGCUCAAAAAUCUCAUACCCGUGACUCUGACAUCUUUUACACUAUAGCAAGCGAAUAACAUUUCAACAGUUGGAUUUUCAAAAGAUCUUUAUCAACACCAUCAAACUAUCAAACCUACUUCUAUG